AUGAGAAAAUGUUAUGAUAAAGUAGCAUCUACGUAUCCGAAGGAGUAUAUGUCCGUGACACUUACCUGUUCCGUGAAUAAUUUUAUACAGUGGGAUCAAGGUUUUGAAAAAUCAAAUAUUCUGUGGUUUGGUCUUUGCAUAUUGUGCAUUGGUUUAAUGUUACGAUGGUGGCAAAUGAAAAAACGAUACUGGGACUAUUUCGCACAAAUACCUGGUCCGUUUGCUUUGCCUUUCAUUGGCAAUCUUGUACAGCUUAAUGUUGACCUUGAUGAAUUGUAUUGUCUCAUGGUGGGCAUGCGACUGCUGUGGGGAAGUGAAGAAGGAAUCAGUAAAGCAUGGCUUGGACAAAAGCCUUACGUAUUUGUGAGUAAAGCAUCAACGGUGGAGCCAAUUUUAUGCAGCAGCCGUCUUGUCGAUAAAAGCGAGGAUUACAAAUUCCUCCAGCCAUGGCUCGGUACUGGGCUGUUAACAAGUUCCGGUGCAAAAUGGCACUCGAGGAGAAAAGCCCUUACACCAACGUUUCAUUUUAAUAUUCUCGAAGACUUCGUGCAGAUCUUUGCCGAGCAAACUGAUAUUCUCGUGAAAAAAAUAAGCUCGGAAGUGGGCAGAGCUUCGUUUAAUAUCUUCCCCUACGUGACCCUUUGCACUCUCGACAUAAUCUGCGAAACGGCGAUGGGGCGGCGUAUCUCGGCGCAAAGUCUUUCGGAUAGCAAUUACGUGCGCGCUGUGUACGAAAUAGGAAGUAUUGUUCAAACGAGGUCAGCAAGUUUAUUUUAUCAGUCGGAUUUUUUUUUUCGGUUCUCAUCGCUAUAUAGAAAGCACAAAAAAUGUAUUCGAAUUCUGCAUGACUUUUCAAAAAAGGUAAUAGCCGAAAGAAAAAAAGAAAUUUUAGACGAUGCCAACGAAAUUAAUGGCAACAAAGGUAGUAAUUAUUCAUUAUUAGUUAAAAAGAAGCGACUUGCCUUUUUGGACUUAUUAAUAAAAGCAUCUGAAAAUGGAUACGCUUUGACAGAUAAUGAUAUUCGAGAAGAAGUAGAUACAUUCAUGUUUGAGGGCCACGAUACUACAUCGUCGGCAAUAUGUUGGACUAUAUAUUUACUUGGUUGUCAUCCAGAAGUUCAGAAAAAAGUGGUCGAUGAACUGGACUUAAUAUUUUCGCAAGGCUACAAUGAGCGACAACCUACUCUACAAGACUUAAAAAGUAUGAAAUAUUUAGAAAAAUGUAUUAAAGAGGCUUUGCGGUUAUACCCUAGUGUACCGCUAUUAGGUCGAAAUAUGACUGAAGAUUUAAAACUUGGAAACUAUAUAGUUCCCAAGGGAACUACUGUUUUGAUGGUCCUUCCAGUAUUACAUCGAGAUCCAGAAGUUUUUGAAAAUCCUGAAAAAUUUGAUCCUGAUCGAUUUUCAUCAAAAAAUUGUAUUAAAAGAUCUCCUUACGCAUACAUACCCUUCAGUGCUGGUACGAGAAAUUGUAUAGGCCAAAAGUUUGCUUUAUUAGAAGAAAAAUGCAUCAUUUCUGGUAUACUUAGAAAAUUUGUUAUAGAAGCUGCUGAGCGUCGAGAAGACAUUCGAAUUUCAGCUGAGCUUAUAAUACGCGCAAAAAAUGGUCUGCACAUUAAGAUUAAAUCAAGAUCAACAAAGCACUCUACGUUGUAG